UUGACAUAUGACGGAAUUGAACAAAACAAAACAAUACCACCCAGACCUAAAGUUCAGGAUUUUAUAAAAAAAGUAUGAAAAUUUAAGAAAAUUUUGCAAAGUAGAUAAUAAAAUCCUUAAUUAUAUUAUGGAAACGACGGGUGACCAAUUGAUAUUGGCCACGGGAGGAUAUGACCACACAAUUAAAUUGUGGCAGGCUCAUACCGGUAACUGUAUACGCACGUUACGGUUUGUGGAAACAUCGCAAGUUAAUGCGUUGGACCGUACGCCAGAUAAAACACGCUUGGCUGCCUGCGGCUAUCAGUGCAUACGCCUUUAUGACCUAGAGUCCAGUUCCAAUGUGCCGGUUAUCAAUUUCGAAAGUGUGCAGAAAAAUGUCACUCGUUUGGGGUUUCAAGAGGAUGGCAAUUGGAUGUUCACAGCAGGAGAGGACCAUCGUGUUCGUAUUUGGGAUAUGCUCUCGGCCUCGCCGCAUUGUUCACGAGUAUUCGACUGUCAGGCGCCAGUAAAUGCAGCCUGUCUGCAUCCAAAUCAAGUUGAGAUUGCUAUGGGGGCACAAAACGGUGGUGUCUACUUGUGGGAUGUAAAAUCCGAGGUGCACGAACAACUGAUACCCGAAGUGGAUGCAUCGAUACAAGAUGUAGCCAUAUCACCUGAUGGCCAAUUCAUGGCCGCAGUUAAUAACAAAGGAAAUUGUUAUAUCUGGACUUUAAGCUGCUCGCCAAAUCAAAAACUCACCACACUACACCCCAAACUCAAAAUUGCGGCGCACAAGCGCUAUGUGCUGCGGUGUAAAUUUUCCCCAGACUCGCGUCUGCUUGUUACUACCUCUGGUGAUGGAACUGCUCGCGUUUGGAAAACUGAUGAUUUUACCAUGUGGCGUGAGCUUUGCAUUGAAAACUAUUGGGUAUGGGAUGCGGCAUUUAGUGCAGAUUCCAAAUAUCUGUUUACGGCAUCCAGUGAUGCCAUCGCACGGUUAUGGAAAUUAGAAACGAAAAAUCCCGAACGUAAGUACACCGGCCACACAAAAGCCAUAACGGCCCUUUCGUUUAAAGACGAAAUUGUAACCGAAUAACAUCAAGCAUUAACACGGAAGGCGUUGGCGGCAUCUAAAGGCUAUGUUACAGCAACAAAGCCCUGGUUUUGUGCUAGCAUUUGCCGCAAACUCUCAAUGUAAUUGGAUGAAUGAUAAGUAGGUAGGAAAAGAAAAUGUAUUGUGUUUUGGUUGCAAUAAAAUGCAAGGGAAGUAAUACACUAGAGUACCCAACGGCAACGCAAUCAUCGACCAUACUAUAUAUUUUCCUGAUUUAUAUAUUUUUUUGUCCUGUACUGAGGUAAUUUUUUCUAGGCAUACCUACAACUACUACAUGUACUAUUUAAUUAAGAUAUGUUUUUUAUGAGUAAUACAUAACAAUGUACGAAAGAAAUACAAAAAAAAAUAAUAAACAACAUGAAAAACAA